AUGGACAACAUCGACGAGGAAUAUGACCGGACCGUUGAACACCUUCACGACUGCGCGAAGAAAGCUGAGAGUUCUAAAACCACCAAGAGACGCCUGUCUCUUGAAACUCUUAAGCUGAUACGCCAGCGUGGAGCAGCACGAGCCGCAGGGAACCAAGAACUCACGUCCGUGCUCGCAAGGCUUUGUAGAGAGGCGAUAAAGGAAGACCUUAAAGAGAAAAGAGCAGAAGUACUGACUGAAGCUGCAGAGGCGGGGAAAAGCAUUCGCUAUGCUCGUCGAGACUUCGCCAGUAGCAAGACAAGGAUGACUGCUCUUCGGAAUCCGGAGGGAACAACCAUUGCAUCAAGAAGGGGGAUGGAGAUUGAGAAAGUAUUGCAUGAAGGACAGCCUUGCGAGCAGGCAGGGUUUCGAAAAGGAUUCAGCACGAUUGACCACAUUCACACUGCUUCGAAACUCAUCGAGGUAUCACGAGAGUACAAGAUGCCGUUCUGUCUCACCUUCAUCGACUUAAAGAAGGCCUUCGACUCAGUUGAGACGGAAGCGGUCGUGGAAGCCUUGGACAACCAAGGCGUCCCCACUCAGUACAUGAAGGUACUUCGAGAGUUGUACAGUAACUUCACGACCGGAAUUUCGCCAUUCUACAAGAAUAUCAUCAUUGACGUGAAGAGGGGGUUCCGACAGGGUGAUACAUUCUCACCCAGAAUAAUCACAGCCACCCUCAAGAACGCAAUGCGAAAGUUGGAAUGGCACGACAUAGGAGUGAAGGUUGAUGGCGGGCAGCUGCACCAUUUGCGCUUUGAUGACAUCGUACUGAUAACACCUAGCAUCAGCCAAGCGGAACGAAUGCUGACCGAAUUCGACGAAACAUGUGGAUGCAUCGGUCUUCAGCUGAAUCUGCAAAAGAAGAUGUUCAUGCGGAACGGAUGGGUCUCAGAUGCCCCAUUCACGAACAUAUCCGAAUGCACCAGCUACGUUUAUCUGGGUCGGGAAUUGAACUUGAUGAACGACGUGACCCCCGAGCUUGACAGGAGGAGACGAGCACCUUGGGGAGCGUACAAGAGCAUCGAGGAUGUAGUGAAGAAGACCAGGAACACCCGGCUCCGUGAUCACCUCUUCAACACCACCGUACUUCUUGCUUUGACUUAUGCUUCGGAAACCUGGGCAUUUCGCAAGCAGGAAGAAAACGCGGUGAGCGUCAUUGAACGCGCAAUUGAAAGAGGGAUGCUAGGAGUAUCCCGUUUCACGCAAGUGAGGGACGGAUUCGAAGUUCUUUCCUACGUCAGCGAUCGAAGAUUAGAGACGCCGUCGCAUUUGCCAAGGAAAGAAGACCGCCGAUCCGAUGGUCAGAUUUCUUCACGAAGUCCUUCAAAGAAAAGUAUGAUGCUCUUCGUGUCCCACGCGAAAGGAGGAACCACUGGACUACUCUGGCACGCGAUUGGGACAAAUGGAAGACUUAAUGGCGCCCGCUCGACCAGUUCGAAGAUCAACGGGGAUCAAGGUGAUCAAGAUGAUCAAAGUUUUCGAGGAUUUUCAAGAAGGAGCAGAGAUUUUCGCGGCGUCAGAGUCAUCUACCCUGGUCAGCCGGCGAUUGGUGCCGCCCAUGCAGAGUGUCCUGUACAGAAAGGGGAAAAAAUCACGGCCACUCUCUGGUUGCGUCCCAGGGACCAGGAACUCUUCUAUGCUCACCCUCAACAGGAGAAUUUGUUCGCUUACGACAUUGAGAAACUCAUUUCACCUAAUAUGAAUUUCUUCUGGAAGAGUCCAUUCUAUGACUUUUACGCAUAUCAGCAGUACAUGAUAGCGGCACUCCAACAGCAGCUUCAAGAGGAAGAGGCGGCAAAGAAAAGGAAAAAUCCGUUUCUUUAG